UUUACUUUUCGACAACAAAAGGAAUGUUAAUUUUUUAUUUCAAUUUUUUUUUUUUUUGAAUACUAAAAUUUAAAAAAAAACUUCGGCUACAAUUUAAAAAAAAUGGUUAAGUGGUGUUAUUAAAAAAACAAAAUAAAAAUUGUGUUCAAGCAUUUCCGAUAGGGGCGAACCAUUAAAUUAAAUCUAAAAUAGAGAAAAAAAAAUCUAACAAAUCACACAUGAAGAUUUGACUUUAAUGUAAUUACGAUAAAAUCUUGAAUUAUUAAUUUUUCGAUAAUUCAAUUUUAUAAACGGAGAUUAUUGGAAAAUAUGUCCGAAGAAGAAGAUGAAUCAUCACCAUAUAAAGAUCAUUUUCUCUAUAGGAUCAAUGAACGAUUUAAAAAUCCAGGAAAUUAUACAGAAGAUUUUUCAAAACCAUAUUUAAGGCCAAUUUUCUAUAAAAUUUAUCCAUUAAUAAUAUUUAUUUAUGCAAUAUUAAUAAUUUCGGGAAUUAUCAUGAAUUUGUCAAUGGCAUAUCAUAUAUGUAAAUUUAAAUUAUAUAAAGAUCCAACAUAUGCAUAUUUAAUAAAUAUGAUAAUAUCCGAUAUUGUAAAGUGUCUAUUUUCACUACCAUUGUCAUUAGCUGUGAUAUUGAUUGACAAUUGGAUAUUUGGAAAAUUUCUCUGUUAUUUUCUUCCAAUGUUACAGGAUAUUCCAUUUCAUAUAUCGAUGUUGACAUACUUGUUAAUAGCAAUUGAUAGAUUAAAAAUGAUCAGUGAACCAGGAAAGCCAAGAAUACCAGCAUUUGUUUUUGCCUUAGGGACUUGGUUUUUUGCUGGAUGCAUCGUUUUACCAUAUCCAAUUUACACUACUUAUUUGGAUUUAAGUAUUACACUAAAAAGCCAUUUUGAAGGAUUGGAAUUAUGCUUCGCAAAUUUGGUAGAUGAUAUGAGGGAUUAUAUGCGAGGCUUGUUUAUUGGCACAUAUGCAGCUCCUCUAGCAAUAACAGCGUAUUUGUAUGUAAAAGCAAGCAAAGAAUUGCAAUAUGCAGAAGAUUCUUCAGGAAUAGGCUUGUCAGAAAUUCGAGAUACUCGCUUGAGAGACAACAGUAAUACAAGUAAUGACAGUCCAAAUACGCGAGAUAGUAAACGUGAGAAUAUUGUGAGAAGAGAUUCACUUGGUCUACCUAUUGAAUAUGAUGACAUAGAAUUGGAUAUUCCAAAAGAAACAAGAACACAAAAAUAUCUUAUAUUUAUGGUAUCAGUUUACGCUACUUGUCUCUGUCCUCUCAUGAUCCUAAGAUUAGCAAAACUUGCUCUCUAUGAAACUUACGAAAAUAGUGGAUAUUUCGACAUUUUGUAUAUUUUGUUCGUUUGGAUUGCAUUUUUACCCACUGUAACAACACCUGGAUUUUAUGCUUUUUGGCAAAUGACAAGAGCAAAUAAGGAAAGUCUUCGCAACUAUUUUCGUUCUUAUUGUUGUAAUACUAGAAUAAAUAACGAAAGUAAUAGAAUUCCUCAAAAUGAAUUAGAAACAGUGGAUGAAGAGCAACACUGCCGAAUAGCAAAUAUUACCGGAAAUUAUAGUGGUCAUCAUACAGGAAGUCAAAGAGGAAAUGUCAGAGGAAGCUUCCAGACAAACAGUAACACAAAUUGCUCAGAUUUAUAAAGUGCGCGAAUAUAUAUAAAAAAAAAUAAUAAUAAUAAUUCAGUGUUCAUUGUCUAAGUGUAUAUUUCUAAAUUUCACACGAUAAAAAAAAGAACAUUUUUUUUUAAACAAAAAAGAAAAUGUUUUGUUUAAAAAAAAAAUAUAUAUCAAUCUGUUUUUUUGUAGAAGUUAAAAUUAUUUUUUAAUAUUCUAUGUUUAAUAUAAAUAAAU